AGCGUUAAUGCUGAUCAGUGUAGAGAUCACAGAAGGCACGGGCAGGCAGGUACAGAGCUCCCGGGGAGCACAGCGAAGACGAGUGUCGGUCACGGUGCCGGCUGCAGGGGAUGCUCAGUGACCGGGCUCUGCCGGAGAAGAGUCUGCCUUGUGCUCUCGGCUGUCAUUGAUGCUCCUGGCCUGCCGGAGCCAGCCAUCACCCUCACCCCAGCCUCUGCCAUCGCCAGCAGCAUCCUGCCCCUCGCCAUGGUGGAAGGGUUGCACCCUGCCUCUGCCUCCCUGGCUCUGUGGUCCACGUCCUCCGUGCUCUUCCUCUUAGCCAUCUCGGGCGCCCAGGCGUCCAACCAACUGCCCAGCGACUGCCACAAUGGCAAAGGCAAAAACAUCAACUGCUCAGAGCUGAACAUGAGAGAGUCUGACGUCCGUCGAGUUUGUGACGAGUCAACCUGUAAAUAUGGAGGAGUGUGCAAAGAAGAUGGGGAUGUUCUGAAAUGUGCCUGCCAGUUUCAGUGCCAGACCAAUUAUGUCCCAGUUUGUGGAUCGAAUGGAGACACUUACCAAAAUGAAUGCUUUCUGAGGCGGUCUGCCUGUAAACAGCAGAAGGAUAUAACAGUGGUGGCAAGAGGACCUUGCUUCUCUGAUAUCGCAUCUGGAUCUGGAGAAGGCGAAUAUGAGGGAUCGGGAACUGAAGUUCACAGGAAACCUUCCAAAUGUGGAGCCUGUAAAUAUGGAGCUGAAUGUGACGAAGAUGCUGAAGACAUUGGGUGCGUGUGUAACAUAGACUGCAGUGGACACAAUUAUAACCUUGUCUGUGCGUCCGAUGGAAAUUCCUAUUCCAAUCCAUGUUUGGUACGAGAGGCGUCGUGUCUCAAACAAGAACAGAUAGAUGUAAAGCAUCUGGGGAUCUGCACAGCAACCGAUGAAGUAAAUCCAGUUGGGAAGAAAGAUGAUGGUUUACAAUAUCGACCAGAGGUGAAAGACUCCAGUGAUCAGAGAGAAGAUGACUACAUGGGAAAUUACAUUCCAUGCUCGGAAAACUACAACGGUUAUUGUGUACAUGGGAAAUGUGAGUUAAGCUACUCAACUCAGAAGGCAUUGUGUCGAUGUGACUCCGGCUACACGGGCCAAUACUGUGACAAGACAGACUUUAAUAUUCUUUAUGUGGUUCCGAGCAGACAAAAGCUUACCCAUGUGCUCAUAGCAGCCAUUAUAGGAGCAGUACAAAUUGCAAUUAUAGUUGCAAUUGUUAUGUGCAUUACAAGAAAGUGUCCAAAAAACAACAGAGGACGCAGACAGAAACAGAACCUUGGCCAUUUCCCUUCAGAUCCGUCAUCCAGAAUGGUGUAGCUCCAAUGCAUUUUUUCCCUUGUUUAUUUUUUAUACUUACAUUGACCAUGUGAUGUACAUUUUAUUAUAUCUUUUUUUAAAGAAUGGAAAUAUUUAUUUCAGAGGCCUUAUUUUUGGACAUUUUAUAGUUUAACUUUGUUGGUUGUCUGUUGUAAGCGCAGUGCAUCGGAUAUGGACUGGUACAACUUUUAUUUGACUUUGUUUCUUUCAUUUUUUUUAUUAUUUUUUUAUAAUUAUUAUUCUUCACUGAAACAGACUCUUCAUUUUUUUUUUAUCCUGAAUUUGCUUUCACAUGGUCAUAAAUUACAGACAUGUUAUACUCGGAAAACAUCCCAAUAGUCAGAAACCGGUUGGGGUGCAGUUAGUAUACGUUGGGGUGAUUUGUUCUUGAGGGCAAUUGAGAAUUUAGAACUUUUUGAUCAUCGGUAAACAUGGAAGAGGUGUUUUAUGCAGUGCCAAUCUGAUCACAUCAACGAUUACACUGACUGCUAAUCUAAGUUAGCAUUAACCCCUAGAAGUUUAAAAUAAAGUGGCAAAUAAGAUGUUCACUAAAUUCCCAAAACUGGUUGCUCCUAUGGAACAGACUGAUUCCCUCCCGAGGUUGUUGAUACUGAACAAACAUCCAAAAAACAAAAAGGAUUACCACCUUGCAAACAAGGCAUGAGCUAAAGGCAACAAUGUUUACAGAUAACUUUUUUCUAAACAGACUUCAUAGAAGAUACACUGUGUUGAAGUAGGUAUUUCAAUGUUUUAUAGAUCUUACUGUAGUUAUUUUAUUUAUUUGUUAUUUUUCAGUCUUGUUUUUAACAACACUGACUAUCGCAUGAUAUGUGAAUUGUAUACUGUGAGUAGUGGUAAAAUGUUAAAUAUGUCCUAUGGUUUAACCCUACAAAUUUUGAACUGUUUGGCCUGUACAUCUAGGGUUAAAGUAAGCGGCAGGUCAAGAAUUUCCAAACCUGUCAUCAAGUACUGCUAAUGGGGAGUUUUUAUAUAUAUGUUUUUUUUCUUCAACCUGCCGCUUUGAAACCUGUGCUUAGGCAAAAGUAUAUAUGUAUAAAACAUGACUGGUUUCGGAUCGUCAGAGGGCACAUUUCAUUGUAACGUCGAUAUCCCCCUUUUUUUUUUACUUUUUUUCCGUGCGUAUCCCAUUGACUAUUUUUUUUACAAGAUUGCUAGAAAUGUGAAUCUGGCAUUAAAACAGCAAAUGUAUUUGACGCUGCAAAAAUAGAUGCCCCUACUGCCCUUGCUCUGGUGCUUCUCUAUGUCCGAUCUUUGAUCAAUAAUAUCCUUUUUUUUUUUCUUCCUCUCAUUAACCCUUUGGGUGCCAAGGGAAUGUUCUCCCUUGUGGCAGUUAAAUUAUAAUGUUGCAUUGAAUAUUUCUAAAGAAAUCAAAUGUUCGCACAACACUUUUGUUACAUUUAGAUAAACAUUUUAAGAAAAAAACUAAAAAUAUGUAAAGUGACAUUUGGAAUUCUUGAUCAGCAAAUUGUUUAUUUAAUCACCAUUACCAAAAUAAAAAAAGGCUGCUUUAAUAACA